GUAUGUCUACACGAAUACUCACCACAGAUGGACGCUCACCGACUCUGGACACUAACUCAGCCUGCGACCUCCUCAAGAUUUCCUCGGAUCUCAGGGCCGUGACGCAGAGCGGUGUCCCCCAGGGUCGCCCCCAUCACCCACACCGCUUUGAGUGCUGGCCACAAGCCCUGUGCUCUGAGAACUUCUCGUCGGGUCAACACUACUGGGAGGUGGACGUGGGGAGCGCGAGGCGGUGUCGGGUGGGAGUCGCGUACGGGACGAUCCCACGGAGAGGGCGUGGUGCUGUGUGCGGCCUGGGAGGGAGUGAAGUCUCCUGGUGUCUACGGAAAGAUGUCGACAGCUUCUCAGUGCUGCAUGGCGGGGUAGAGACGCCACUGUCGGUGCCGCAGCCUCCGCGGAGAGUCGGGGUCCACCUGGACUGGGACGCGGGGCUGCUGUCGUUUUACAGCGCCGACUCCAUGGCGCCAAUGCACUCGUUUAAUCAAACAUUCACUCAGCCCUUACACCCUGGGCUGGCGGUGGGGUGGGAGGAUGGUGACUCAGUGAGGAUUGUGGAUCUGAGUGGUGCGUCCUGAGAGAGGUGAACGUGAACAGCGCAGAGGGCAGACGCCACGACGCUCGGCCUUCACCACCCUCGUCGGUAAAGUCACAAAGAUAAAAAAAUAAAAAUAAUAAACAC